AUAAAUUAAUUGACUUGAGGAAUGGAAUUUUCACUCCUAAAGAACUUCGAGUAAUUACAAAAAUAGUAUCAUAUCUUGAGAAGGGUGGGAGAAACUUAUGCCGAUCGCCAGCAAAAGAAAGUUCAAGUAUUUCUAUGUUUGGGAUGCGUUCUGCUUAUGGAGACACUGGUUGGUAUAUUCAAAACAGGCCAGAAUAUUAUCAUUUAUCUGAAGAACUUGCGAAAUAUACUUGUCAUAUUUUAAGGAGGUCGUAUGAAAGUUUAUUUCAACACUUGGAUAAUAUUGUGAUUGCUGAAGGCUUUUCAAAUAGUGGUGCUUGUAUUGGUAAUGGACCAUUUACAUCAUUUGCUAUCACGAGGGACUUCAAUUGUAGGCCUCAUCGUGAUGAAGAUGAUUAUGAUUUUGGAUUCAUAAUAUGGCUACGCGAAGAUCCAUCGGAACAAAAUGAACCGGCCAUAUUUGCUUUCCCAGAAGCAUCGAUUAUGUUUGUACCCAAACAUGGGGAUGUUUGUGUUUUCAGGCCAAGUGAACUUUUACAUUGUACACGGCGCCUUCAAGGAAAGGGCUUACUGGGUCUUGCAUUUUUUCAAAAAUGCUCACUUUACAGACAACUCGGGCGAUUAAUUCACCCCGACGGGCCCGGUAUAAUAGACUACAAAGAUAAGAAUGGGAAUGUUCGUGUUGUUGAAACCCGAGAAGGAUUCCUUGAAAAGAAACGUCUUUACGAACGACACUUGUUGGAAAAUCAGUUCUCCAUCAAAGAAUUCAUGAUAAGCCGUCAGGGCAAGGAACUGGGACUGGGACUCGCAGUGGAACCGAGACUCGCACCAAGACUGAGACUCGCGCCCUCACAAUGGGAGUGUGGAUUGGAUGCGACACCAGUUAGCGGACCUCGGAGUGGGUCCCAGUUUUGA